AUGCUAAGGCCAGACUACAUCCAUUUAGCCAAUAAAAUUGCGUUAAUUUUUGGUAUUUGUGGAGCUACGAGAUGCGACGAAUUAAAAGAACUUCAAGUCUCUGAUGUUGAAGAUAUUAAUGGAAAAUACCUCGUUUCUAUAAAUGAUUCAAAAAAUGGUCUUCCUCGUAAAUUUUUAAUCGGACCACUUUUUUAUGACAAAGUCAAAUAUUAUAUUUCAUUGAGACCUGAAGAUUUUAAAAGUAAAAGAAUUUUUGUGCAAUUUUUAAAAGGCAAAUGUAACCGACAAGUGAUAGGAAAAAAUAAAAUAGGUCAAAUCCCGAAAAUCAUCGCUGAGUAUCUGGAAUUGGCUGAUCCACAACGAUAUACAGGACACUGCUUCCGCAGGACAUCGGCUACAUUGAUUUCAAACUCUGGAGCUAGUAUCACAAUGUUAAAACAGUUAGGAGGGUGGAAAUCGGCUAGUAUUGCAGAAGGUUAUAUUGAAAACUCCUUGCUAAACAGACAAAAAAUCUUUGAUAAGAUCAAAGUAGUUUCUCCGACAGAUACAGAUCAGCAUCCAACUACAAGUGGAACUAAUCCAGCUGAAUCAGGAAAUUCUGUUCAAUAUGAACAAGCUCUAUCAACAGAAAACAAUUAUGACAACCAUUUUGAUGACUUUCGUUUGGAUGAUGACACUUUAGCGAAGAUUGAUAACUCGUUUAUACAAGAUACGUUAGUAUCAUCACCACCUUCCUUUACCACAGCAAGCCGUAAAAAAAUUAUCAUCAAUUCUGAUCCUGAAAUAGGUCAACCUUGUCAUUUUUUGAAUAAACCGCCCAUCUCGGUUUUUUCAGAUGAAAAAGAAAAUCAACCACCCAAAAAAAAGUUAAGAUUGAGCAAUUGUAUAAUCCAAGCAGUGAUCUACACUCACCGUCAACAUCUAAUAUUAACAUAACAAAUAAACCUAAGUCGAGUAAGAAUGAA